UAACCAGGUGUGCGCGUCGGGUUUGCGCAUUUUCGAUUCAGCUAGUCGUGUUUGCAUACUAACUCCCAGGGUCCAGCCAUGAAGGUCGCUAUUGCAGUGUGUUUGGUUGCUGUGUUAUACCUCGCUGAGGCAUCACGCAUUAAUGAACUGGAGAAAUUGAAAGAUGACUCCGAAUUGGCUGAGAUGAGAAUGCUACUGAAGAGAUAUAUGGAACUGCAUCAGAAAAGGAAUGGCGGUAGCUCACCAUCAUGCCCAGAGAUGACACUGGAAACUGAGUAUCUGGCAAAUCCCAAUGACGAGAAAAGCUAUUAUGAGUGUGUGCCGUCAUACACAAUGAAGGAGGAAACAUGUAACCAAUCGUGGGGAGAAAAGAAAUUCAACCCAAUGAACGGAAUGUGUGAAGACGUCCCAUCCUGGAAAUAAACCAUGGACUCCAUUUUGCUAUAACCACUUGAAUAAUAACAUUUUACUCCAACUCUUGACUUUGGUAACCGUAAUUAUAAAGAUAAUUGACAUUAGCAGACACCAUUAUAUACUAAAAUAUACAGAUCUUUGAAUAUGCACAAUGGAAGCUCUAAUUUGAAUAAUAUAAGAAAAAAAAGAAAUUGUAACUGGUACAAUCAUGAAAUAUAUUUGCAUCGAAACAUUAUCUUACAUUUUUUCUGUUUAUUGAUUAUGGACAAAGACCGUCCCAUAUUAUUUAGUUUGCCAUAGGCUAUUACAGUCAAUCUUACUUUCUCUAUCCGAUCCGUCAUUCAAACCUAAAAUAUGAGCAAUCAAAAGAAAUACAGAUACAAAAAAUACAUUCAUAUUGUACACGCAGGACGUUUCGGGUGAAUUACUUUUAUGUGCAGUAAACCUAUGGCCUCCU